GACAGACACGUACAGUGCAAAGGCACGGCCGAGAGCACGGGAGCGAAGACUGAGUGAGUGUGCUGUGCUGCUGCUGGUGAUCCGCUAGUAGCACACAACGCAGCGCAAGAUAUGCGAUGGACUGUGGCCUGUGGUGCGUGUUCAGCGAACGUCGAAGGCACGUCGAACGACUUUGGCGCAGGCGCCUUCUUGUCACUAGCGACGAACGUCGCGCUCGUCGCAGAUUUCUCCGAUUAAUGCGUGGGUUUGACGCGGAAGACGUAGAAGUGAUCCGUAAGGCUGUUGAGUCGGGCGGAGUGGACGCAAAGGCGUGUGCUCCUGGUCCACCAAUGGAUGAGCGCCCUGAUGAAGACCAACCGGAGGAGGAUUCCGGUUUGAUUCCACAGAUUGAUCGACCAAUGAGUAUGCCAUACUUAUGUUGCAAAUUGUGGCGAUGGAAAGAUUUGCAGGUGGAUGCUGCUUUGCAUCGUCUGGAAGCGCUGCCAUGGUGUCGAUUCGGACGGGUGACAAUCAACAAUGCGACCGUAUCGUGUUGUAAUCCAUAUCACUAUGCAUUGUGGAUACGACCGGAGACGAGUUGUAGUGAUGAUGAUUCAUUACGGGACAAUAGUCAACGAGAAGUGCCAAUGGGCAACGGACAUAUCGCCUAUAGUAGGAGUCAUGCUGUAACGCCGGACAUCGAUCUAACCUUACAUCUUCCACGAGCUCUGGCGGCUGACAUACCGACGAAUCGGCCACCGUCGCUGCCGUCGGCUACCCCGCCUGAACCGGAUGGUUCACCUCCAGGCACCUCGACAUCAUCGCCCGAACACAUCAUAGUGCAUAACCAUGCCGCUGCAUGGGGCCGUAUGACGAGGUGGGAACGAAAAGAACGAGUGGGUGAACCAGUCCAACUCACUGGGGCAUUUGCUGCUGUAGGAAUCCUGUCUCAGUCGGUUCACGAUGCCCAGCCUGUGUGCAGCGAUUGGGACCUGAGAAAUGAAGUGUCAUUCGCAUUGAUACGACAAACCGAGCCUAUAGGAUCUGAUGCUCCUGAGGAUGUUUGGUUGUACAAUAGUGGAACACGGCCGCUGUUUCUUUGCAUGGCCGCAUCUUCCACAAAACCGGACACAAUACGACGGUUAUCGCCGGGUUACUGUAUUCGUGUGCAUAAAGGUGAAGCUACGGCUAGUGCACCGGCCAGUGAACGAGCUAUGCAUUUGCAUCGGCGAACGAGUAGGGAUCCUGCAUUAUCCUACGGCAACUUGGUGAUAUCCGUUGGAAGAGGAUGUGUGAUCGGACCUUUUCACAGAUCGAGAAGAGGAAAUGCAUAUUGUGCUUAUCGUGAACGAAUCUGGCCCAAAGCACAGGGCUCGACGACAGUAGCGUCCACCUCCUACUCGUGUCUCCCAUCAACUACCAUACCCCAAUGUAUCAAAGUGGACAUGCAUCUCUACAGUAAACUAAUAUUCCUAUUUUUAUUACCAUAUUAUGCGUUACCGGUUUCGACUUCACGACAGUUACCUAUACAAAUUGACUCUCCCCCAUCGAUCUCUACGCGAACUCGUCCGCAACCGUUAUCUGCUUCGGUGAACAGUGCAUCGACCGUCUGUGGCGAGAAUGACUUUCGUUGCAAUGAUGGAAAAUGCAUUAGGGCUGAAUGGAGGUGUGACGGGUCAGGCGAUUGUGCCGACGGCGAGGAUGAAAAAGAUUGUCCGCAUCCCGGCUGCAAAGCUGACCAAUGGCAGUGCGACAAGUACGAAUGGCACAGCGUGUCGUGCAUAGCUGAGUACCAACGAUGCGACAACAUUACGGACUGCGCUGAUGGAUCUGACGAGAAGGACUGCCCGGCCAAUCCUGUCGAUUGCGACAAUCAUGACGGCAGUGUGUUCAUGUGCGCCGAUGGUCGACAAUGCUUUGAUGUGUCGAAAAAGUGCGAUGGCAAAUAUGAUUGUCGAGAUUUGAGUGACGAAAAGGACUCAUGCUCACACAAUCACACCGCUUGCUUCCAAUAUCAGUUCCGAUGUGCUGAUCAAACUCAGUGCAUACAAAAAUCAUGGGUAUGCGAUGGCUCGAAAGAUUGUGCCGAUGGGUCAGAUGAGCCGGAAACAUGCGAGUUCAAACAAUGUUCGGCUAGCGAGUUUCAGUGCAAGAAUAAACGAUGUCAACCUAGGAAAUUCAAAUGUGACUACUACGAUGACUGUGGUGACAACUCAGAUGAAGAAGAUUGUGGGGAAUACCGGUGUCCACCCGGGAAAUGGCACUGUAACGGCACAGGACAUUGCAUCGAUGAAAUCAAACUUUGCGAUGGCGUCAAAGAUUGUGCUGAUGGAGCCGAUGAAGAGCAUUGCUCACAAAAUCUGUGCCCAUCUUUGGGAUGUCAAGCCGGAUGUCAUGCAUCACCACAUGGAGGAGUUUGUACUUGCCCGAACGGCUAUAGGCUUGAUGAACGAUUUCAUAGGACGUGCUCGGACAUCAAUGAAUGCGCUGAAUUUGGCUACUGUGAUCAACUUUGUGCCAACCAUCGUCCAGGCUUCACAUGCUCCUGCAUAGGAGAAUGUUAUACUCUGAUGAUGCUUCACGGCCCAGGACAGGAUAAUCUGACCACACGCGGCUACUGUAUCUCACAGAAUGCGGAGAAAAUGAAGCUUUUCGUUGCUAGGAGAGAAGGCCUUUAUAAACUCGAACCAAAUGGGCCUAAUGCUGAGCCAAAGCGAUUAGCAUCCGGAGAAUUUAUUUAUGGCAUAGAUUUUGACUAUGGAGAUCGUAAGGUGUUUUGGACAGAUCGGCUAUCACAUUCCGCCUUCAGCGCUGAUGUUGAUGAGGAGGGAGAUAUUUCUCAUAUCAAAAAACUCGGCUUGAAAUCGCUGGUCUAUCCCCGAUCUUUGGCAGUAGACUGGAUAACCAAUAACUUGUACAUCAUCGAGUCAGGCUCGCGAAGAAUUGACGUCUCCUCUUACGAUGGCGACCGCCGCACUGUGCUCCUUGCUGAUGGUCUUACCCUACCGCUCGAUAUCGCACUGGAUCCUUUGAGAGGCGAGAUGUUCUUCACAAAUCAGUUCAAAGUGGAAGGAGCUGCUAUGGAUGGCUCAAGAAGACGAACUCUGAUCAACACCCAUACUCAUCAAGUAUCCGGCAUUGUGGUGGAUAUCCCAGCGAAAAGAGUGUACUGGGUAGACCCGAAGGUGGACCGGGUCGAAAGCAUGGACUAUCAGGGUAACGACCGACGUAUCGUCGCUCAAGGCAUGAACAAUGUGCCGCACCCGUUCGGCCUUGCACUAUUCGAUCAGUACCUAUACUGGACUGACUGGACUCGACUGGGAGUUGUCAAGAUUGAGAAGUUCGGCUCCCCAUCGGAGAUCAUCUGGUCCAAGAAAGAAAACAACGUUUUCCCUAUGGGUAUCUCAGCCUACCAUCCUAUGGCUCAGCCAGGACCUGGUCAGAGCGAUUGUCUGGCACAAAAAAUCGAAAAUCCAUGUGCUACAGCUGAAUGUGAAGGAAUGUGCGUUUUGUCAAAGGAUGCGGGUGGCUUUGGAGUCGGCUAUAGAUGUACUUGUCCUAUUGGCCAGAAGUUGGUUGAAGGCAAGAAAUGUGUUGAUUCGAUCGACUAUUUGCUAUUCUCAAGUAACAAAAUAGUGCGAGGAAUUUUCCCAGAUCAGGUACAGAGCUCCCUGUCUGAAGCCAUUUUGCCGAUUUCUCCCAUCUCUCAAAGAAGAAUUGGAAUGUACUUUGAAGUCGAGUGCGAUGUACAUGGAAAUAGCUUCUUCUAUGCCGAUAUUAUGGAUAACACGGUAUAUCGAAUUCGUCCUGAUGGCGAGGGGGCAGCACCUGUGCUAGUGACUCAUAAUGAUGGACUUGUGUCCAUGUCCUUUGAUUGGAUUAGCAAACAACUCUAUUACAUCGACAACAUUAGAAACAGUCUCGAGGUGGUCAAAAUAUCCGAUACUGGUCUAGUUCAUCCGGAUCAACUAAUCCACCGUCAAUUGCUGAAGAACCUUCGUGAUCCCGUGUCUGUAGUCAUACAUCCAUGGAAAGGUUAUUUAUUCUACGCUGAAGCGCAGAGACCAGCUAGGAUCUACAGAUGUCAUAUGGAUGGCACAAACUGCUUGAUGAUCCGUAACACCACGCUUGGACGCCCGUCCGAAAUGGCCAUAGAUUUCGAGCAGGACCGAGUUUGCUGGGGCGACACGCUCUUGAAAAUGAUCAGUUGCAUGGAUUUCGAUGGCACCAAGGUCGUUGCCCUGCCUGUCGACAACCCGAUCCCGGUCGCAUUAACAGUUAUGGGCGAUCAUUUGUACUAUGUGCAUCAGCGUCCAUACUCUAUUCGACGCAUCAGCAAACGCAAUGGCGGCACUGGACGAGUUAUCCGUGAAUUCUCUGGAGAGGAGAGAAGUAUUUUCAGUUUGAAAGCUUGUACUCGAUCGAAUCAACCGAUUCCGGAAGACUCACAGGAUCAUCCGUGUCACGCAUCAAAAUGUGCUCAAUUGUGCUUCGCUGUGCCAAACAACUCGUCCGCAAAUGACGCCCCACAGCUUGCCGCACAGUGCGCAUGCAGGCAAGGAUUCAAAAUCAACCCCGAAACUGGUCACACCUGCCAGAAGGACAGCACCGAACAAGAAGAACCGCUCUGCACUUCGAAUGCUACCCAAUUCCAGUGCAAAAAUGGCCGAUGCAUUCCGCGUGAGUGGAAGUGUGACGGUGAAGACGAUUGCUUGGAUGGGUCUGAUGAAGUGGAUGAUAAGGGAGAGAAAUGCUAUCAUGAGACCGAAUGUCCAGAGAACACGAUUCGCUGCAAGAAUACGAAAAAGUGCAUUCCAUCCCAGUACGGAUGUGAUGGUGACAACGACUGCGGUGAUUACUCGGACGAGGAUGCCCAGUACUGUAAAGAUGGCCAGAAGCCAGUCUGCUCGGCCAAGAAGUUCCAGUGCGAUAACCACAGAUGUAUCCCCGAACAAUGGAAAUGUGAUUCGGAUAACGACUGCGGAGAUGGUUCGGACGAAAAACUGGAAAUGUGCGCGAAUGCGACUUGCGCGGUUAAUCAGUUCUCGUGCGCAAAUGGACGAUGUAUACCGAUUUACUGGCUUUGUGAUGGUGACAAUGAUUGCUAUGAUGGUACAGAUGAGGAUAAAGAACGGUGUCCACCGAUGUUGUGUAGAAGCGAUCAGUUUAGAUGCGCGAAUGGACGUCAAUGCAUUGCUCUGCGCAAUCACUGCGAUGGUCAAAGUGAUUGUGAAGACGGAUCCGACGAAGACAGCUGCUUAUUACAGCCAAAUGCGUGUACCCCAGAUCAGUUCCAGUGCAAAACUAGCGGUAUUUGCAUACCUGCCGCUUGGAAAUGUGAUGGACAGAAGGAUUGUGAUGAUAGUUCUGAUGAACCAGCAUUCGGCUGCAGCGGAAACACUUGCAAAGAAGACCAUUUCAAGUGUAACAAUGGAAGAUGCAUUCUUAACUCUUGGCUCUGUGAUGGUGAAAAUGACUGCGGCGAUGGCUCUGAUGAAUCCGAAGAACAUGGUUGCAAGAAGACUCAACCAUCGAGACGUUGUCCAUUCGAGCAAGUGGCUUGCGAAGGUUCACCUGACGUUUGCAUACCAUUGACUGAACUAUGUGACGGAAAAGAACAGUGUCCUGGCGGUACCGAUGAAGGCGGGAGGUGUGCACGCGAUCUCUGCUCUGCAGAUCGUGCCGGCUGCGCUUUCAAAUGCCAUAAUAGCCCGAAUGGGCCACUGUGCAGUUGUCCAUUUGGUGAACAGUUGGUAAAUAAAACCAAAUGCGAGCCGGAGAAUGAAUGCUUAGAUGCUAGCUCUUGUUCUCAAAAGUGCACAGAUGAGAAACAUGGCUUUACUUGCAGCUGCGAAGAAGGCUACACACUUGAUGCUGAUAAACGUACUUGCAAAGUUACCGAAGGCUCUCAAGACAUGCGUGUCUACAUCUCAAAUCGCAACAGGAUAUACUGGAGCGACAAUCACUUGGACAACUGGCGAACCUUUGCUGCAGCGGUUGAGAAUGCCAUAGCAAUUGCGUGGGACAGCGUGACCGACAGAAUCUACUGGUCCGACAUCCGUGAGAAAAAGAUUUUCUCAGCCACCAGAAAUGGUACCAAUGUUACCACAUUCAUCGGCGAGGGUCUUGAUAUCACGGAAGGAAUUGCUCUUGAUUGGGUCGGCCGCAAUCUGUAUUGGGUUGAUUCUAGUCUGAAUACCAUUGAGGUAGCAAAUCUUGAAAACCCCGCUGCUCGUGCUCUCCUGGUGCAUGAGAAUGUUAGCCAACCCCGUGGUAUUGCUGUAGAUCCAAGAAAGGGAUUGAUGUUCUGGACCGAUUGGGGACAGAAUCCCCAUAUCGAAAGGGCAAAUAUGGACGGUACGGAUCGUCAGAUCAUCGUGAGUACGAAGAUCUAUUGGCCAAACACAAUCGCUUUGGAUUUGACCACUGAUCGCGUGUAUUUUGCGGAUUCCAAGCUGGAUUACAUCGACUUUGUGAACUACGAUGGAACUGGACGUACACAAGUAUUGUCAUCGUCAAAAUUCGUGCAGCAUCCGCAUGCACUGGCAAUUUUUGAAGAUAUGAUGUACUAUUCGGACAGGCGAUUGCAGCGUUUGCAAGUUUACCCGAAAUAUGCGAAUGGAACCACUGCAGAUUACCCUAGUCAUACGUUCAGUAAGGCGCUUGGCGUGGUUGCGGUCCAUCCGAUCCUUCAGCCCAAUGUUUCAAAGAACCCUUGUGAAAACAGUCCAUGUUCUCAUAUUUGCUUACUUUCCUCGAAGGGCUUCUCCUGUGGAUGCCCUAUGGGCAAGCGUCUGGAUGCAUCAGGAAGGACGUGCGUGGUCGAUCAAAAGCCAUUCCUUUUGCUGAUCCAGAGGAACAACGUCUUUGGUGUGGAAAUGGUUCAGAGAGGAAACAGUACUCCGUCAUUGGCGGGUAUGGUACCAUUGGCUGGAUUAUCUAAUGCAUUUGAUGCUGGUUACGAUGCUGAUUCUGGAGAUCUGUUCGUCUUGGAGCAUACCAACAUUGCUCGUACACUAACUCAAGUCUCCACCGAUGCAGCCAUCUAUAAAUCAUCGAUCAAUGCGGGAAAUAAGACUCAACUCUACUCUUCGCAAAUUCCUGACGACCCGUACUGCAUGGCAUUCGAUUGGAAUGGCCGUAAUUUGUACGUUGGCAAUAAAAUCUCUCAAACGAUCGAAGUGGUUCGCACUGUUGGAACGCAGUAUCGCGCAGUUGUACUUUCGAAUGAUCAAACUCCAACUGCUGUCGUAACUCCAGUAUCCAUAGCUGUGGAUUCUGACAGAGGAUUACUGUUCUGGUUGGAUAGAGGCGGUGGUGCUGCUGACGUGAAAGUAGCUCGAACCAAUCUGGACGGAACUAAUGUGCUGGUAAUCGCUAGCAAUGAUCUAUCAGAGCUGGAUCAUAUCACCCUGGAUAUUACCAACCAGCGAGUCUACUUCACCGAAGGAAAAGCCGGACGAAUAACGUCAGUCACUUACGAUGGUCAGGACCGGCACUAUCUCCUCAAUGAUCCCGGAAAACAGCCUAAUGGAGUGGCGUUCUUCAGCGAUAGACUAUUCUAUUCGGACACCGCUUUCGAUUCCAUAGAUGUGGCGACAAUAGUGGGAGAUAGUCAACCUCCACAAUUCUCUCACUUCAAAAAGGAAAUUGAAAACCUUGUGAAUAUCAAAGUUCUCCAGCCUAGAGCUUCAGCCGUUAGCCAUCCAUGUCGGACGGACAAUGGAAAUUGUAAGCACAUCUGCGUUCCACAACAAUUCAGUCAACAUACCUGCAUGUGUGCUACUGGCUACAUGAAGGAUGGUCAGACAAGCUGCAAACUGUUUGACGAAUCGUUUGUGAUGAUUGCAACGAAGAACAAAGUUGUGGGAUAUCCAUUGGACGAAACUCACCAGAAAGGCGUAUCUAUGGAUCCCAUUGGUGGCUUAUCGAUCUCUUCGAUUGAUUUUGAAUUCGAAAGCAGAUCGAUAUUUGUUGCCGAAGCAGCCGGUAUCAAUAAGGGAAUUACAGCUUACACCAUUGGUCAGUCUGCUCCAAAUCCAAUUAUUCGUGACACAUUCGGAUCGAUGACGAUCCGCAGUAUCGCCGUCGACUGGAUCAACUUCAAUCUCUACUUCAUCAACCAAGAUUCAGAAAGAACCAACAUCGAAGUAUGCAAGUUGGAUGGACAGUAUAGGAAGAUCCUGUUCACCACAAAAACGGAGACACCCAGCUCAAUAGCCGUUGAUCCCAUUGGGCGAUAUAUCUACUGGGCUGAUCAGGGACAAAAGCCAAGCAUUCAGCGAGCAUUCCUCGAUGGAACCCGUCGUGAAGUUGUCGCUGGAGCAGACUAUGUCUCUGAGCCUACCGAUGUUGUUGUGGACCCAGCUAGUCAUAUGGUUUAUUGGGCUGAUGCGAAGCGAGAUGGCAUCUAUAGAAUCCGUCCUGGUGGAGGAGUGCCAGAGCUGGUCCGGCCAGAUAUCGCUUCCGCUGCUGGUCUCUCCUUAAUCGGACAACAAAUGUAUUGGACUGACAACCGGCUUGAAAAAGUGUUCCGUGCUUCUAGUAAACCAAACCAGACGUCGCUGCUGCUCUCACCGACUACGGUAGCGGCAUCGCUAAGGGACCUCGGUGAUGUGGUGGUGUUUGCGUCGGAAAAUCAGCCGAAGGGUUCGUCACCGUGCCAGAUCACGGAUAACCUCAGGAAAAAUCCAUGCCCGCAAUUGUGCUUCGCUUCUCCGGGUACACAGAGUCCAAGCUGUGCAUGUGCUAGAGGUAUUCUGAAGGGUCGUACUUGCGAAGAACCUGACACUUACCUAAUGUUUGCUGAUGGUGACAGGAUUGUCGAUGCUUCCAUCGAGCCUGACAUCAAAGCAAGCAAGCCGCUGAAGGAACCAUUCCCAGCGAUUGAAAACCUGCAAGUGUUUGACGUUGAUGUGAAUUUACGAAGAAUCUAUUAUGUUACGGAAUCACCAGCUGGAGUGAAUAUCAGCUGGUUCAGCAUGAAUAAUGCUGAAAACCCGAGAAUGAUCCUGGGAGCAACGAAACAAAAGCACGCCGCCGACAUUCGGCAUAUCUCUGACAUGAAGCUAGACUGGAUAACUGAAAAAGUCUACUUCACAACUGGACGUGCUGGUAAAGUGAUGUCGAUCGAUUCACAAGGAGACCAUCUGAGCACCAUCGCUGUCGGUGAUUGGACCUACGCCUUAGCUCUGGACCCAUGCAGUGGAUUGAUCUUCUGGAGUGAUACCGGCUACAAGGCAACUGGAGGUCUCUAUGAACCGCGAAUUGAACGAUCGAAUAUGGCUGGUGGCAACAGAAAGAUCAUUUUAAGUGAAAGCAUCUCCUUACCAGCAGCUAUAGCAGUCGACUUUAGAGAAAUGAAGAUCUACUGGGCGGAUAUCAAUCGUUUAAACAUCGAAUGCAGCGAUUAUGAAGGCAAUAAUAGAAAAGUAAUUGGGGCUGGAUAUCGUGCCAAGUCAUUAGAUCUGUGGGAUGAGUGGCUAUACAUGAGCGAUCCGUCAAGCAAUGGAGUGUUCCGUCUCAACAAGGAUUCUGGUGGUAGCAUCGAAACGGUGGUUGGAGAUCGUCGUAUUCCAGGAACUUUGAGAGUGUUUGCCUCGGAGAGCGAUGUAAGGACCAGAAAUCAGAUAUGCAACGCUUUGACGUCAUCUCUGUGCAAGACGGAUAAUGGAGGAUGCGAUCAGAUCUGUAACGUAGUAGCCGAUGAAGUUGGUCUUGCUGCAAGUAAAGUCCAGUGUUCGUGUAAUGAUACUUAUGAACUAGUGCAAGAACCUGGAAAAGACUUCCCCAGCCAGUGCGUGUUACGGUCGGGCAUGGAAUCCGGUGCAAAGGACUGCCAACCACCCUAUAACUUCCAAUGUGGAGACGGGUCAUGUGUGUCGCUUGGAGUCACUUGUAAUGGAAAGCCAGACUGUUCCGACGCAUCGGACGAAAAUCCGAUUUAUUGCAAUACUCGUGCUUGCCCAGAGAACUACUUCUUGUGCACGAACCGAAGAUGUAUUGACGAGGUUAAACGCUGCAAUCAUAUUGACGAUUGUGGCGAUGCAUCCGACGAGCUUGAUUGUGCGGCUGCGGUCACUUGUGCUUCGGGUUCAUUUGCUUGCGGCAACGGACACUGCAUUAAUCAGACUAAGGUUUGCGAUGGCCACAAUGACUGCCAUGACGAAGGCGUUUCGGACGAGUCAAAGGAAACUUGCCCUGGCUUACCAAUCGACUGUCGUGGUGUGAAGAUACGAUGUCCCAACACAAAUAUCUGCAUUCAACCGGCUGAUCUCUGUGACGGCUACGAUGACUGUGGAGAUAAAGCAGACGAGAACAAACUGUUCUGCAUGAAUCAGCAAUGUGCUCAGCAUUAUGUACGUUGCCCAUCUGGCAGAUGCAUCCCAGAAACAUGGCAGUGUGAUGGUGACAACGAUUGUGCCGAUGGUUGGGAUGAAACGCAUACGAACUGCACGGAUGAGACUGGAAGACGCAUCUGUGUUGGAGAAUAUUUGUUCCAGUGUGACAACGGCAAAUGCAUCUCCCGUGCGUUCAUCUGUGAUGGUGAAGACGACUGCGGUGACAAUUCCGACGAGCAUACCAGACACAGCUGCGGCAACCGCACUUGCACCGACCAAGAGUUCCACUGCAUUUCGAAUGCGCGACUCGCGCAGCCGAAGUAUGAAUGCAUCCCGAAGGCGUGGCUUUGUGAUGGUGACGUCACUUGCGCUGGCGGUGAAGAUGAAGCGGCUGACUUGUGUAAGACAGAAAAGAAGGAGUGUAACAAAGGCGAAUUCCGUUGCCAAAAUCAACACUGCAUCCAUGCAAGUUGGGAAUGUGAUGGGGACAAUGACUGCUUGGACGGAUCUGAUGAACAUGCCAACUGCACGUACUCAUCGUGUCAAGCUGAAUUCUGGCAAUGCGCGAAUCACAAAUGUAUUCCAAAUUCAUGGCGAUGCGAUGGAAAUGACGAUUGUGACGACGGUUCCGACGAAGCUGAUUGCGCUCAAGCUCAGAAGGAAAUGGGCACAGGCCAUGCGCUAUGUCCCCGAGGCCAGUAUCAAUGUCUGUCUGGACAGUGCAUCGAUGAGAAGAAGGUGUGCGAUCGCAACUACGAUUGCCCCGAUCGCAGCGAUGAGAGCACACAGUGCUUUAUCGACGAAUGCGCACAGGCGGAUAAACCACUUUGUGAGCAGAAAUGCGUUGAUUUACCCAUCGGCUAUCGUUGCGAUUGCUUCGAAGGCUUCGCCAUCGACACCGAUGACAACAAGAGUUGCCAUAAUGUCAAUGAGUGCUAUGAAGGCAUAUCUGGCUGCAGCCAGACCUGCGAAGAUAAGAUCGGAUCCUACAAAUGUGGUUGUGUGGAUGGCUAUCAGCUGGCUAGAGAUGACCACAGCUGCAAGAGAAUAGAUACGGAACCAGAACCAUGGCUUAUGCUUGCCAACAAGCACUACAUUCGCAAGAUCUCCAUGGAUGGUAACAAAUACGAAAUGGCUGCUCAAGGAUUUGACAAUGUGGUCUCUCUGGAUAUCGACCUUACCGAGAAGAAGGUUUAUCUAGUUGACCAAGGCAAAUUACGGCUAUUACGAGUUAGCAUCGAUGAAAUGGAUGAGCCGGUUUCCGACUAUGAAACUGUGCUGAGACAUAACAUCUUUGGCAUCGAAGGAUUUGCUAUCGAUUGGGUCGGCCGAAAGAUUUACAUGCUGAAUCGACAAGAGAAGUCGAUUCGAGUUUGUGAACUGGAUGGAAGAUUCUGUAGAACGCUGAUCAGGGACAGAAUUUCACAGCCAAAGGCCAUUGUUGUACAUCCUGGAAAGGGUUACCUCUUCUUCACCGAAUGGAGCUUGCAACCUUACAUUGGAAGAAUGGCUUUGGAUGGCUCACCUGAGUUGGCCGAUCCGAUUGUUAAGCUGGCUGAAAACGACCUCGGAUGGCCAAAUGCACUGACAAUAGAUUACUAUUCGAACAGACUCUUCUGGGGAGAUGCUCACUUGAAUGAGAUUGGCUUCAUGGACUUGGAUGGCGGUGGUAGACAUCAUAUCCCUGCUCGUAGGACCAGCCAUGUGUCUAGCAUGGUGGUGUUCGAUGACUACUUAUACUGGUCGGAUUGGAAUCUGCGUGAAGUAAUGCGCUGCGACAAGUUCAGUGGCAAAAACGAAACGAUCUUGAAGAAGACUAUUCAGCUUCCCAAUGAUCUUCGGGUGGUGCACCCAAUGCGUCAACCGGCUUAUCCAAACCCAUGUGGUACCAAUAAUGGAGGCUGCUCGCAUCUUUGUCUCAUCGGUGCUGGAGGAAAUGGCUAUACUUGUGCUUGUCCAGAUCAGUUUGUACUGCUCGACGACAAUAAGACAUGUGAGCCGAACUGCACUGAUCGUCAAUUUGCAUGCGGUGGUGACGAUGCCAAAUGUAUUCCUAAACUCUGGUACUGUGAUGGUGAGCCCGACUGUCGCGAUGGCAGUGAUGAACCAGGAAAGGAUAUCUGCGGUGUUCGCAUCUGUCCAGUUGGAGAGUUCCAGUGUGCCAACCACAACUGCACGCGACCAUUCCAACUCUGCGAUGGUAAUGACGAUUGCGGUGAUGGUUCUGACGAGCAAGAGUGCGACAAACCCUGCGAUCCAUGGAUGUUCAAGUGUGCCGCUACGGGCAAGUGUAUCCCGAAGAGGUUCACAUGUGACGGCGAUGAUGAUUGUGGAGAUAGAUCUGAUGAGGCUGACAGUCUCUGCAUGAGUCCCGACCGCAAUUGCACAGCCGAAGAAUUCCGGUGCAACAAUAACAAAUGCAUUGCAAAGGCAUGGCGAUGUGAUAACGACGACGACUGUGGAGACGGCUCCGAUGAAACGCCCGACUGUGCACGUCUCGACUGUCGUCGCGGAUGGACCAGAUGUGCCAGCUCGUACAGGUGCAUCCCCAACUGGGCCUUCUGCAAUGGACAGGAUGAUUGUCGCGACAAUUCAGACGAGAACCGCGAAAGAUGCCCCAGUUGCGAUGACGUUGGAGAAUUCCGCUGCGCAACAACUGGCAAAUGUAUCCCGAAACGAUGGAUGUGCGAUAGCGAGAACGACUGUGGCGACAACUCGGAUGAGACCGACCCGAGCUGUGGGGGCACGACCCGACCGUGCUCUGAAAGCGAAUUCCGUUGCAAUGACGGAAAAUGCAUUCCGGGCAGCAAAGUGUGCGACGGAACGGUGCAGUGCAGCGACGGACUCGACGAGUCGCAGUGCACGCUCAGAAAGUGCGCUGCUGGACAUCGCCAGUGCGAUGACGGUACUUGCAUUGUCGAACACAAAUGGUGCGAUAGACGUAAGGAUUGCCCCAAUGCAGCCGAUGAGACCAACUGCUCGCAUGUGGAUCGCCGUCCAUGCUCUCCGUUUGAAUUCGAGUGCGCAAACUCGGUCUGCAUCCCUCGCAAAUUCAUGUGCGACGGAGACAACGACUGCGGUGACAACUCGGACGAAACCUCAACGGAAUGUCGUUCCGCCCAGUGCGAUCCACCACUACGAUUCCGAUGUGCUCAUUCAAGACUGUGUCUCAACAUUUUGCAGCUCUGCAACGGUUUCAACGAUUGCGGUCCAAACGACUACUCCGAUGAACACUUGUCCAUGUGCUCAAGCUUCUCUGAAUAUGGAGAUUGCACUAUGGACCAGUUCAAGUGUUCGAAUGGAAAAUGUAUAAAUUCAACGCUUGUUUGCGACCGAAAUGAUGAUUGUGGCGAUCAUUCAGACGAAUCCGGUUGUGCCAAGAAGAACGGUAAGACUUGUGAAUCCCACAACGACAAUGGAGGAUGCAAACAUCUUUGCACAGAUGUUGCUGAUGGUGGCUAUUACUGCCAUUGCCGUGACGGCUUCAAACCCGAUCCGGAGAAUCCGUUCGACUGCGUGGACAUCGAUGAAUGUGCUGGAAACAACACAUGCACCCAGAUGUGCCUAAACACCAAGGGCUCGUACCUGUGCAGAUGUCAUGAAGACUACGAGAACAACGUUGUCGUUGGAGCCAUGACUGGAAAAGAUUGCAGGGCAAAGGGUGAUCCAGCCAACAUCAUGGUUGCAUCCGAUGACGAUCUCGUCCAAGUUGCGUUGCAUGGAGCCGGAGUUAAUCGACAUGCUGCGGCUCACGCUGAGGAGGACGACAAUGAUCUCAUCGCAAUUGCGUUCGAUCCACGACGAGCCCUUCAGUUCUGGAUUGAUGGUGGCAACUAUGCCAUCUAUAGAUCUUCAGAACCAAAAGGCAAUCAGUCGCAUGUCGGACAGAAGCUCGACCUUGAUUUCAAGUCGAAUGGCAUAACUCCUACCAAUCUGGCUGUGGAUUAUUUGACGGGUAAUAUCUUCAUCACAACCGUUUCCAACAUGGAUAUGCAGAUGCCAGCGGCUAGAAGAAAGCGAAUGAGUGAGCCUAUUAGUAACACCAACACCGGAGCUGUCUACGUAGCCCUUUCCGAUGGGCGUUAUCUGAAGAAGGUCGUUAGCGGUCAUCUACAAAUGCCAACGGCCAUAGUGACAUUGCCGUCUGUUGGACGUAUCUGCUAUGCUGAUGCUGGAUUACAUGCAAAGAUUGAGUGUGCCGAUAUGGAUGGAACGCAUAGAGAGGUUAUCGUCAAAGACCUUGUGUUUUCUCCAUCAUCGAUGGCUGUAGAUGAAGGCAAGGGAAAUCGUAUCUACUGGGCAGAUCCAAAAUAUCGAAAAGUGGACUCGGUAAAUCCUGAUGGUUCCGAUCGACAGACGGUUGUACGGGAUAAAAAUACCCCAUAUGCAAUCGAUGUCUUCGAAAAUUAUCUGUACUGGGUAUCACGUGAGACGAAAACGCUUUAUGUGCAAGAUAAAUUCGGACGAGGACGAGUAUCCGUGUUAGCUUCAGAUUUGGAGGAUGUUCACGCUGUUAGAGUCAGUCAAAGGUAUGCUCGCGACUCGACAAGAGCCAAAAGCUCAUGUGCCGAGGCUCGGUGUAGCCAUAUAUGCGUCCAGCUACCAAAUGAAGGAUUCGCCUGUCUUUGUCCUGACAACGUCUUCCCAGGAACUGAUGGCUCAUGUGGUUCGGCUCGAGUGGAUGCGCUCAUCAUGCCCAAGCAGUGCACUUGCACUAAUGGUGGAAGGUGUAGGCUCGACGGCACUUGUGAAUGUCCACCCGACUUCGAAGGCGAGAAUUGCGAUAAGUCGAGCACUGUCAGCAGAAAGUUGAUCGGCCGUCUCUCGGAGAAUCUGCUACUGGCUCUCUUCCUCCUACUGGUAUUGUUUGCUUGUGUUGGACUAGUUGGUUUCGUUGGGGUUAACUUGUACAGAAAACGAGCCCUACUAUCAAAAAAGAAUGAAGCCGCCGAUAGUAGCGUCUCAUUCCACGGCAAUGUCAUCUCGUUUAGCAAUCCAGCUUUGGAAAGUAAACAGGACCCCAAUCCGAUCGAAUACAGUAUGCAGCAAAUUGCGGCUGCCGAGGCUGGUUCGACAACUUUCUCGAAUCCUGUAUAUGACCUAGAAUCAGAUAGCACUGAAAUGGUGUCAUUAGAAAACACACCAUCGACGUCAAGAGCAACAAGUUUCCGUUCUCAACGGACCGGUGAUGAUGUUAUAGCACCGAAUGCGGAGCUCACGAUGAAGCCAGCCGUUCCGCCACGACCCACUAAGGCCGAGAAGGACAAGAGCAUUUUGGUCGAGAAUCCGGUGUUCGAAGCUAAUCCGGCUGAAAUUUCGGAUGUAUAAAAUCAUGAAGUCAUUGAACAUUUAGCGUUUUUUUGCCUUUCCUACCAUCCCGGAGUCCCCUAAAAAUUGUGAUAUUCAGAGAGUUCUAUAGUUCAACUACUUACCCAUCAAAACCAAUAUAUAUCAUCUAUAUAUUCACUUGAGCGUUAGGCUGCAUAUUAUGUCAUGCAUUUGUCCAAAGUUUCCAAUAUUUCCCACUUGUUUUCAUGUGUAUCAAACAACAAAUAGUGCCUGAAGAUGCAUGUUGCUCACGUCGAAAGUCAGUUUUCACUUUGUUUCGCAAGUGACGUUUAUGUUAAUUUAUAUAUGAAUGUUUUGCUAUGCAACAGUGUAUUUGCGGUCCUGCCGCUGGGUCCUGUCACGGAGUGCAGACGCGUGCCUUGCUGCCUCCGCUCCCCGUUGUGUCCUCUCCCAUUGUUUAUUUAUGCUCUAGUGAUUCGCGUGCAUGUUGUGUAGUACUGUUGUGUGUGUAUGCUCCGAUGAGCACGGUUGUCCAUUCCAGACGAGUAUGAUAAAGAUUUCUAAA